CAGACAGCGUAACGAUUGCCGCCCGGGCGUCGUGGCGACCCAAGCACCCAUCAUCCGUUGUUCCUUGCAAGUGGUAGCGCGCCGCUAUGAGUCUGUUCUUCUGGAAGAAGGAUGUGUCUCGCUUGACUAAGUCCUUGCAUCAUCUGCUGCAUGAAGUGGCGCCGGCAUUGCCGGACGAAAAGGAUGACCUCGACGAUGAGCCAGACGCGACCACGAACGGAUCGACGCCACCAGAGUCUCCAACGUCGCUUGACGAACCGCCCUCGAACGCAGCGACACCUAGUGAAGUCGAUGUCCUCGACGUGGAUGCGACGGGUCGCGUCGAACGCCUGCUCACCAAGAUCCGUCGGCUCGUAUGCGGCACGCCGGACGUCCCGAUUCAAACGGACGAGUGUGCGCAAGUCGUGGAUAUGCUGCUUCGAUACCACGUCAUGGAACGCCUCGUGCACCCCGAUCUCCUCGUGCAAAUCUCGUUUGAAGCACAGAAAUCCGUCGGUGCGAUCGUGAAAACGAUGGUGCACCAUCACCCGGCCGCGAUCCGACCGAUUGUGUGUCAAGUGUCGUUCCUCGGUCGGCUCUGUCAGGGAUAUGCAUGUUCCGCGACCGAAGUCGUUCUUGUGUGUGGCUCGAUGCUUCGCGACUGCCUCGAUACGUUCGACGACGCGAUCUCGCUGUUCCUGUCCAAGAUGCCAUCCGAAUUCGACACCCUCGUCAACGUCGCAUGCACCCACGCCCACUUCGACAUUUCGUCUGAUGCGCUGACCAAUAUCAGCUGCCUGCUGACCCAUCACACCCCCGAGCUGGACGCGGAAUGCGACCGUCUUUUUGCAUCCUACCAGCGCCUCCUGACAUCGUCCAACUACGCGACCCAACGCCAUGCGCUUCAAAUUUUGUCCAAGGUGCUCUUGGACCCGCGAAAUGGCUCUGCCAUGAUGCGGUACAUCUCGGACAAGCACCAUUUGAAGGUAGUGAUGCAGUUGCUGCGGGAAAAGAGCGACGCCCUCCGCCUCGACGCGUUCCACGUGUUCAAAAUAUUCGUCGCGAACCCGUCGAAACAUGCCGACAUUCAGUCGUUGCUCCUGCUCAAUCGAGACAAACUGCUCAAGUUUGUCGUCGAGUUCGGCCAAGAUCACAGCAACGCGUACCCGUCGCUGUCCGCAGAGAUUCGCCUUCUCGUAUUCACCCUGGAGAAGCUCGCACCUCCAGACGCCACGUCCGUGCCACCCGCGAUCCCUUUGUCCGACCCAGAGCGGCCAAUGACCCAAAAACAGCUCCAAGUAGAAGUUGUAGAUAUCUAAGUUAACAGGACGGCAUGGCCCUCCAGGUGAAGCACUCAUGACUCAUUCAGCCAAGCUGCCGCUCACGGGACGUGGUCGCUAAACAACAUCGAAUAUCCUGCCGAAUGCAACGUCUUGCCAACCAAAGACUCGAAUUCGCUGCGAGAGUCGUCGUCCACCCUGUGACAUGCCUGGCCAUUUGGCCGUCAAACCCGUCCUCC